AUGGCUCAACCAGAUAUCUUCUACGAACCCGCAAAAGUCGAGAAGUCCGGCCUCGCCCACGACCCCUUCAAAAGCUUUGUUAUUCCUCGCCCAAUCGGGUGGAUCAGUACUACUAGUAAAGAUGGACUUGACAAUCUCGGGCCAUUCAGUCAAUUCAACAAUGUCUCCUUCGAUCCUCCGACCAUCAUGUUCAUUGGCCAUCAAUCCGUUUACAAGCGCCGCAGUAAGGACUCGGUGGUCAACGCAAGAGAGACUGGAGAAUUUGUUUGGAACAUGGCAACGUACGAUACAAAAGUUGCAAUGAAUGCAUCCUCUUUGGAGACUUGGGAUGACGAAUUUCCCAUUGCUGGUGUAACCAAAGCUCCGAGUCGAGUUGUCAAGCCUCCUCGCGUGGCGGAAUCACCGGUCACUUUCGAGUGCAAAACACAUUCUGUGAUCAGAAUCCAAGGUGAUUCUCUCGUGGGUCACUCAGAUAUCGUCAUUGGGCGUGUGGUCGCUAUCCAUGUCAAGGGAGAGUACAUCACACCAGAUGGGCUUUUUGAUGUUCUCAAAGCAGCACCUCUGGCACGUCUCGGAUACCAUCAAUACACUGCCAUUACCCAUGUCUUUGAUAUGAAGAUGCCUUUCAUGCCUGAUGACAACGUCAGCGGGAAUAUUCUGGGAGGGGAGACUGGGGAUUCCGACUCAACUCUGUAUAAAACUAGGGAUCAUAGAUCUGAGGAUGAGAGAAGAUUUGAAGAACGAGAGCGCAACGCUAAGAGUGGUACUCAGGGAAGGAUUGAGGGCAAAGAGGAAGUAGCUGGGGAAGAGUUCAGAACUGCACAUAUCUAA